AACGCUAAUGAGUGGAACAGAAGCAUCUAUCUCUCUCUGGGCAUAUGAUUAUCGUGCUUGCUCAGCUUCUGCGUCACCCCACAUGUCCUAAUCCACUCCUUUAAAAUCGCAGGAAACAUUGUCUCCAUUGUUGCAGUAGUGGGUGGGUCAAUCAUGGGGAAAACCAGAGCGACCUGUUUUCUUCCCGCCCUAAUCUUCUUUACCCUCUUGGCGAAUGCUCAUCUGGGUAACUGCGCCUUGUCGUCCCGACAAGAACAGGACAGGGUUUCGAAAUUGCCGGGUCAGGGUUUCAAUGUUAGCUUCGCUCACUAUUCUGGGUACGUCACUGUCCAUGAGAAAUCGGGAAGAGCUCUGUUCUACUGGUUCUUCGAAGCUGUUGAGGAUCCUGAUUCCAAGCCUCUUCUUCUCUGGCUCAAUGGAGGACCGGGAUGUUCAUCCAUUGGGUAUGGCCUAGCAGAAGAGAUAGGGCCGUUUCACAUUAAACCAGAUGGGAAGACCCUCUACCUUAACCCAUAUUCUUGGAACCAAGUUGCCAACGUUCUGUUCCUUGACAUGCCUGUGGGAGUUGGAUUUUCGUACUCAAACACUUCCUCUGAUUUGCUCACCAAUGGUGAUAAGAGGACCGCCCAAGAUUCUCUGAAAUUUCUGCUGAAAUGGUUAGAUCGCUUUCCCAAGUACAAAGAGAGAGACUUUUAUAUAGCUGGGGAGAGCUAUGGAGGGCAUUAUAUUCCUCAGCUAAGUCAAGCCGUUGUAAGACACAACCAA